AUGGGUGAAUUUGACCUCGAGAAAACAGGCAGCGUCAAACACGCCUCGAACGCCUCCAGCAAUGACUCGCAAUCAGGCGGCUCCAACUCUGACGCCGCGCGCCUGGCAGAAAUGGGCUACUCUCAAGAUCUGAACCGGAAUUUCUCUAUUCUGUCGCUGGUCGGCAUUGCGUUCUGUAUGUCCAAUUCCUGGUUCGGCAUCUCUGCCUCGAUGAUCACUGGUAUCAACUCCGGUGGAACGGUACUGAUCAUUUACGGCUUGCUGUGGAUUACCCUGAUCUCGCUGGGCGUGGGUGCCUCGCUCUCUGAGCUAGCUAGCUCUAUGCCUAAUGCUGGUGGUCAAUAUUUCUGGGCUUAUGAGCUGGCGCCACGGAAGUAUGCUUGUUGUGCUUCGUACCUUAGUGGCUGGUUUGGCUAUGCCGGUGCGAUCUUUGCGUGCUCCAGUGUCGUGCUUGGUCUUGGCCAGGGCGCUGUCGGCAUGUGGAAGCUUGGCCAUCCCGAUUUUGAGAUUGAGUCGUGGCACGUUGUUGUUGCGUAUCAAGUCAUCAACUUCUUCUGUUUCCUUUUCAACUGCUUUGGAAAGGUCCUUCCGGCUGUUGCGAAGUGCACCCUCUACAUUUCCCUCAUUUCCUUCCUGGUCAUUCUGGUCACUGUGCCAGCCUGUGCUCGUUUUCACGCCAGCGCGGAGUAUGUAUUCGGCCACUUUGUCAACUCCACCGGCUGGAAGUCCGACGGCAUGGCCUUCAUCGUGGGUCUAAUCAACCCCAACUGGAUUUUUGCCUGUCUGGACUCUGCCACCCAUCUUGCCGAGGAAGUCCCCCGGCCCGAAAAGAACAUUCCAAUUGCCAUCAUGACCACCGUUGGCAUUGGCUUCGUGACCUCAUGGACCUACUGUAUCUCCAUGUUCUUCGGUAUCAAAGAUCUGGACUCGCUGGUCAACAGCACAACCGGUGUCCCGAUAUUGGAACUCUACUACCAAGCUCUUGACAAUAAGGCCGGAGCCAUUGUCCUCGAGACUCUCUUAAUUGUCACUGGCAUGGGUUGCCAAAUCGCCUGCCACACCUGGCAAUCCCGUCUCUGCUGGGCCUUUGCCCGUGAUCGCGGUAUGCCUGGCCACAAGUGGCUGUCGCAGGUAAACCACACCCUGGACGUGCCCUUGGUAGCACACUCUGUCAGCUGCUUCAUCGUUGGCGUUCUUGGCCUGCUAUACCUCGGUUCGACCACUGCAUUCAACAGUAUGAUGACAGCCUGCAUUUCCCUGCUGUACAUGUCUUACUCUACCCCCAUCAUUUGUUUGUGGCUCAAGGGUCGUAACAACAUCCACCACGGCCCCUUCUGGCUGGGUAAGCUCGGUAUGGUUGCCAACGUUGUUACCAUCGUCUGGACUAUUUUCUGUCUGGUGAUGUACUCGUUCCCGUCGACUAUGCCUGUUCAGACUGGAAACAUGAACUAUGUCUCGGCUGUCUACGGUGUGGUUGUGUCUAUUAUGCUUGUUGAUUGGUUUGCUCGUGGACGUAAAUCUUUCAAGUGUGACGAGGUUAGUGAAGCGAAGAUUGAAGAGUCGGAGUGA